GUAACACUGGCAUAUGGUUUUCCGUCUUUCUUUCUGUUGUUCUUCAUUGGAAAACCGAAUUGAUCUCUCAAACCACUGAACCGAAUUCGAGCAAACAGACCACAAAGCAUCUUUAGUGAUAUGUGAUUGUUGUCUGAUGGAAGAAAGGGCCACGCCUUCUGCCAAUAGGGAUAUUUGAGGAAUAUUGUGAAGCUUAUGGUAUUGUUUAUAAAUCGUCCUCUCAAGAACCUAUGCACCACCAAAAAAAAAAUGCGAGGGGUUACAUAAAAUAUUAAAUUAAAACAACUGUUUCAUUUUUUCAAAUCAUUUCGUUGUAAACCAGGAUGGAGCAUUAAUGAGGGGUCGAAUAUUUAUGAAACUAUGGGCAGAAAUGUCUUUAAAUGUUUUUUUCUCAAUAGGGCAAAAUUUAAUACUUUUAUGAUUGUAUGAUGCAGAAAUCCACUUGUGGUAUAUAUUAAGAUUUGUAGAAAAAUAUGAACCAAUACUCCGUUAUUUUAAUUUCUAUUAAGAGUAUAUGAAGAGUCAGUUUUGUUAAAAUUGUGAAUGUUGAGUUCGAAGGGUGAUUUACGUUUGACAUGUGAAUAUGUAGAGGACGUCGUGAAAAUAUAUUCAACUGAAGAAAACGCUGACAAAUAUUCACAUGAAGAUGCAAGAAACUCCAUGUCUUGUAGAUCCCACUUAGUUUAAAUAAUCCUUUCUGAGGGUAAAUUCCAGGUGGAUUCGUGCCCCUUCGUUGAAUGUGAUAUCGCGAUGCAGUUUUAAAGCUGUUCAUAUUGCAGGGGCUCUUUUAAUAAUUACGAUGUGUAUGUAUCUACGGACAUGCAGUGGAGAAUUAAAAUUCGUGAACAUUUUAUUAACAUUUUUUUUUUCAAAAUGAAUAAUUGUAACCUGUAAUUUCUCUUUAUCUAGAAUAUGGUGUGAAAAUGGAUGAGUAUGAGAAUCCAGAAGCAUGUAAAUUUAAACAAAUUAUGAUUCCAGCUGUAGAAUAUACACCUCUUAACGAAUCGCAAAGUCCAAUGUAUGAAAUUUUUAUUAUCUACUCGAAGAAGAUUAAGGAUGUUGUUCGAGAAAGCCCUAAUCUUCCUCUUUUAUCUAAGAAAAUUAAUAACGAAAAUUGUAUGACAACGGAUAUUAGAAACGAAAAAAAAUCAAGGAAUCGUAAAAGGAGAAUAGAAAAUUUUCGAGGUUCAGCUUUCCAAAAAGCAUUAAAUCUUCAAAAGAAAGAUGAAUCAGAGCCCAAGAAAAAAAUUAUAAAGAAACAAAAAUACGCCGGUAAAAUAAGAAAGAAAAGAUAUACGAAGAUAAAAGGGAAUACUUAUUUUCAUCCGGACCAGCAAGAGAAGAAUGUAAACAAAGAUGGAAAACGUCCAAGUCCAACUGAUACUCUUGGAAGACCACCGACAGAUGAAGAGCUUGUCUUGAUCAGCGGAUAUAUUGGAAAUAAUUUCCUUUUAUUGGGAGUUUUGCUGGGGUUAGAAAACAUCAAAAUCCAACAAAUAAUAAUGAGUUUCCACGCAAGUGGUGUGCAGACCCAAAUUUUUCAAAUGCUCGCCACUUGGAAAAUGGCAAAGGGGAGACAAGCCAGUGUAAAGAAGCUCCUAGAUGCCAUUGAAGUCUUCAAAGAUGUCGAUUUUGAGGAAAUAAAAAGAGUUUUCAAGCUCUGACUCAAAUCAAUUGUGGACAUUUGAACUUGUGUACUUAUCGGGUUCAGAAUGGACAUUUUAUUUGAUUUAUUUUAAUUUAUUUUAAAUUUGGACUAUAUUCAUAACAUAAUUAUUUUAGUUAUAAAGGAGGCUGGGGGGGGGGGGGGGGGGGUCAACAAAUUAACCACAAAUUAACCACUAGAUUUAACUUAAUUUUUUAGAUAUGAUAUCUUAAGCUGUCAACUAUCAUUUGGCAAAGAAAAAUUUCAAAAGUUUUAGUUUUAAAAUUUGAUCAUUUUCUAUAUCUUCAUAUGGAGCUCUUCUUCUAAAGGAGAUCAAUAUAGUCUAAAAAUGGCCACAACCCCCAGCCUCUUUAAUAUUGACAGUAAAAUAAAAUAAAAGUUUGUUAAAUGUACAUGUAUAUACAUUGUUUGUGUACCACAUGCAGUGAUUUUAUAACUGGAAAAGAGACUUUAACAGCAUGAACUAUAAUUAUAUUGUAAGAUCAAAUUGGAUAUUGUUACUGAACUAUAAUUUUGUUAACACAUGUAAACACAAAAAACAAUGGAAUUGAUCAGAAUAGACCAAUUAAGCCCAUCGAUACUAAGCAAUAGAAUUUGAAUGGAAAUGUAAAGUUACUAAAUUAAGAUUCUUGAUUAUGAGUAAUAAGAUUGGGAAUUUUGAAGCAGAUAAGUAAAAGAGCCUAGGGCUAGAACUCCUGUGGUGCAGAGAUGGAGACUGAGUCCAUAAAUAUUAUUAAUGAAGGUAUAUCUGGAUUGGAGGGUGGUGCCAUGUUGGGGUUCAUAGGUCAACGGACAGACCUACGAACUAAGCGUAGGUGUUAUAUAUGGCAAUGUUAAGUCAGUCAAUGAAAAGUAUUUUAUAUCCGGGACCAUGAAUACCCUCUGAGCACAAAAUACCCUGUUUUGCCAGAAAACGACACUCUAUCCUUCUUUCUUUCGACCAUUCAAUAGGCAUCCAUUGACUUUUUGGAUUACAAUUUGGACUCUAAUUUUUAGUACCUCACCUUAAUUACUGCUUUUGGAGUUUUAGUUCUACGCUCUUCUGAAAUAUUUGGGGCAGAUCUUAACAACUGUGCUAUAACCAGUGUAUUAGUCUAUUCUGAUGAAAUUUCAGAAACUAGCAUUUUAAAAUCUAUACGAUCACGGUAGUUUAAUAAA